AUGUACAGUUGGAAUUAUGGAGAAUUCAAUCUCGAUCCACGCCUUUAUCAGCUCGUCUACUAUUAUGUGAAGCUCCUCUCAACUCAGAUCGCCUCCACGUUUUUUCUGUUUGAACAAUUUCGUAAGGCACGCCGCAGGUCGCUAUCGCCAUCCAAAUACUCAGCUUGGCUCAAGACUGUUGGUCUUAAAGCUGGAAGAAUGUAUAUGUGUCAUAUCAAUGUGGCCUUGCGUUCCUUAAUGGUCGGGUUCCUUUUGUUUGCACUGAUAGUCACUGGGGAGAAGAAAAGAAUCGUGUCGGGAGCCAUUUGGAAUGAUGACGCUGGGAAACGGAUACAAGCCCAUGGGGGAUGUCUUUUACAGUUGAAAGACCAAUGGUAUUGGUUUGGUGAAGAUAAGGAGAAAGGACACAAGUUUAAGGGCUGCUAUAGGUCUGACGACCUCCUUACCUGGACGAGGCUACCAAAUGUACUGACCAGUACGGCUGGCACACCGCUGAAUGAGAAUAUGGUGGUCGAGAGGCCCCGAGUUCUCUUCAACCAGGCCACCAACAAGUUUGUGAUGUACUUUCACUAUGAUUUGAUGCUUACCAUUAUGUCACUCACUAAUACCAUGUCAUUUUCUAUAGGAUUCAAAAAGUGGUCUAUUUGCAGCCAAUCUAGAUGGAUACUGACAAGUUUUCGAAUUUUUGAUUGGAAAAGAUACAAACUAGCUCAGAUUGGUGUCGCAACAAGUGACAAGGCAAGUUUCUAUCCACUGGUUCAUACACAUCAUCAUAGAGUACAAAGGCUGAUCUGGCACCUGGGUAUUUUAUUGUGCAAUCUUGACGAGGUGCCCUCCAAGCAGAUUGAUUCAGAUUGGAAGUUUGUUCGUGCAUUUUCACCUCUCAAUUCGCAGAGCCGUGAUCUUUCCUUGUUCCAAGAUGAUGAUGGAACAGGAUAUGUUAUCUUUGCCUCUGAUGGAAAUGCAAAUCUGAAGCUGGCGCGUCUCAGUGAGGACUAUAAAGGUUGGUCCGCAAACCCAAACAAAGUUAUAAAAGCAAGCGACUUGGCAGGUCCUUGGUCAAAAGAUAUUGACAUCACAGACCCCAAGCUGAACACAUAUUCCUCACAAAACACGCAUGAUCUUACCGUCAUUGGCACUCAGGCAAGGUCUCACAUCUGGACAAAGUACGACAUACCCGCCGGGAAUUCAGGGCAGAUGAGCGUAAAUGGAGGUGGGAAGUUCAAUGUGUAUUAUCCACCGACUUCAGCACAAAUCUCCAUCCCUGUACCUGUCCAUCUGAAACCUGGAGGUGAAAAUUCAAUUGACAUGGUCAUCCCAAGUGGAGUCAAAGUUCAGCAAAUUAUUUUAUAUUGA